AUGAUGUUCGGCGUCUCUGGGACCCAGGGCUUCUACCCAUCUUCUUGCGAUUUCCUGUGCCAACUCUUCGUCGCGUCGCCGCCGACGCGGAGACAAACAGGUAAAUGGCCGUCUCCAAGCAUUUGCCCCUUCGGCGAGGUGAAGAGGCAGGAGCAGCAAAGACGCCUGGAAUGUCAGAGGGCUCCAGGGCCCAUGGUGGGUACAGAUGCGGCUUCGUGGCGGAGGGGGCCCGUGGUCGGCUUGUCGGGCACCGGCCAACGAAGACACUCGGAAGCGGACAGGACAGCGUGCCUCCGUGUACAUGUUUACGGGGGGUGGGUAGACCUCCUACCCUGA